AAAUACCGGAAGAAAGAAAUGUACCAAUAAUACUGUAAAAUAUAGAGGAACAAUCUAGAUAAUUAUACGAUGUCAAAUAUGACCACGAAAUAUUUAAAUUACUCAAGAAUGGAACAAAAAGAAUGAAUGAAAAACAGUGUCUACCCACCCAUAACAAGCUUCCAUUAAUCAUAAAUUUAAAAAUAAAACUGAACACCUUGAAGCGAUCGGCUUCCGGCUUGAGGUGGACAUUGGUCAUUUUUCAGGAUCGAGCUCAAACCUGCUUGAGUCCCCGGGGUUACCACGCGAGCGAGAGAUGAACCCAGGAGCCGUACUCACCGUGUGAAUUCCGUCGCCACAUCCUUCCAGCCAAUCAGCUUCACCGCUGGCCCCGCCCCGCCCUCGCCCAACUCUCGUGAGAAGAGCUUUGAUUGGCCAGCCGCUCGCGCUCGAUCUUGUCAAUCUUCUGCCGCUGGCCGGUGAGUCCUUCGCACUUGCGCUAUAAGUUUGUAAACAAACGUAACCUCUUUCUGUGAGACAUUUAGCGUGUAGCUGCACAGGGCGACUCUACUCUUGACUUCCAAACAGUUCAGACGUAGGCUGGCCAAGAAAACCCCGAGGAAGACUGUACACUGGUGGAAAAUAAGCUAGUUUGCACCUGAGUGCUGGCAGCCUGUAAGCCCUACCUCCACCAGGUAAAGAAAUCUCUGACAGGCGCGAAGCGAUCGAAAGCAACAAGGCAUCGCGGCGAUCGGCGCAGUGGUUGUGGCGAGUCGCAGCAGACUGGUCCCACAGGGUGCCUACAGGGGGGAGGUCUUCUCUUCUUCUCCGUGGUGUUUUCCGAACAACCGCCGUGUCAGUUGCAACCAUGUGCAUAACGAACAGAGAAACAGACAUGGAGCAGCGGUUUCUGUGAUUGGAUAAUCUGUGAACCAGUUUCUUCGUUGUGCUCUCUCUCUCUCCACAAUAUUUUUUGUAAUGUGUUGACGACGACAAACCUUUUCUGCCACCAGUAAGAUACAUAUCGAAUUCUUGCAAAAAAAAAAAAAAACCCUAGCAACCGUUUCCUCCUUCUCCACUACCUCCCUUCAUCGCUGGUGCUUUCUGAAAAUUUAUUUUUCCACGUGGGCGACCAUCAAAAGUUGUAACAACGGAUUUCUUAAGCUUCCCCGACAAGUUUUCUCUCUCCGCGGACUCGCUGAAGUGUGAGCCGUCCACGGUCCGUGCAUCGCCCAUGUUAGACUCACCGCCGCAGUGCCAGGACACCGCGGCCGAUCGCUGCGCCCGCAGUCCCGACAGCAGCAGCGGCAACAUGAAGUCGUCGUCGGCCUGCACCACUACCACCACCACCUCCACCAACGAUGUCAACCACCUGCUCAACGCCGUGGAUUCCGAAAUGCUGGCCGGCAGCGAGAAGGGGGACCCCACGGAGCGACAACUGGCGGUGCGGCUGGAGGAUAAGGAACUGUGGUCCAAGUUCAAGGAGUUCACCAACGAGAUGAUCGUCACCAAGAACGGCAGGCGCAUGUUCCCUGUGUUCCGGUGUUCCGUCACGGGAUUGGAUCCCAGCGCCAUGUACACCUUCUUGCUGGACUUUCUGCAAGUGGACUCUCACCGGUGGAAGUACGUCAACGGAGACUGGGUUCCGGGUGGGAAGGCGGAGCCAGCGGUACCCAACUGUGUCUACAUCCACCCGGACUCCCCCAACUUCGGGGCUCACUGGAUGAAGGAGUCCGUGUCGUUUAGCAAGGUCAAGCUGACCAACAAACUCAACGGCGGGGGUCAGAUAAUGCUGAACUCACUGCACAAGUACGAACCUCGGUUACACAUCGUCAGAGUGAACUCCCGGACUCAGAAGAAGAGCAUCAUGACCUUUAGCUUCCAAGAAACACAGUUCAUCGCCGUCACCGCCUAUCAGAACGAGGAGAUUACUGCAUUGAAAAUCAAACACAACCCAUUUGCCAAAGCAUUUCUCGACGCCAAAGAAAGACCGGAACAACGCGACUUCAUUGACGAAGGUUCUUGUGAUGGCCAGCAGAGGUCGCUGUCUCACUUUACAGGCACCUGGUACUUGCCUCCCGGCGCAGGCCACGCCUUGGUGCCGCCCCCUGCUCACCAGUUCGCCACGCCCCUCGGCUUGUCCACCACGCACAGCGAUCGCCUCGCCCUCAGGAACGCUCGACCAUCCCCGUACCCGAACCCCUACCAGAGGCGGUCACCGCCCCACAGUGAGUACACCGGUAACUUCUCCCGGGACAUGAGCGCCAACCUGUCGAUGCUGAACCUACCCGACAACUGGGCCAACAUGUCGGGUGUGGCCGGGGCCCAGGGUCUGCUGGCAGGGGGCCCUGGAGGUGGAGUGGGCAUGGGUCAGUCCGUGGGCAGCCAGUACCCGAGCCACAUGUGGAUGUCGUCGGCGGUGGGCAACCUGGCCAACACCAGCCAGAGCUGCGCCAUGCCCUACCUGCGCUCCAGUGCUAACCCCUACUCGUUGUCCGUCUCCACAGCAUCAUCCGUCACCAGCGCCAACGCCGGCCACCUGCAGACCUCAGCGUCAUCAGGGGUCGGAGUUCAACCCGGGGCUUUCGACCAUCCCUGCGACUUGGGGCCGUACGGCGCUGCGGCCAGAGACCCUUCUAGAGCAUCAUGGAGUCCCCUGACCCCUCCCCCGUUAUAAUGAUGAGCUUGAACUAAAGUCAGUGGAAGUUGUGCGGGAGUCAGGCUUAACCACUCGUGGAUCGUCUGAGGGAAAACUUGUUUUGACAAGAAAGACUGGAGACAGGACGUCCUGGACGAUGGCGACCAGGAUUUCGAGCUCUCCCACGAGGGAGGGCCAGGCUUGGACACUAUCCGCUUCUUCAGGAAAGUGAGGAGAUUGUGAUGACCCCUCAAAUUAUAAUAUUGUGACAAAAACAAACGGUGACUUUGUAUGCAUGAACACACACAGGUGUGUUUGACAUCAUAUGAACCCAUAUUGCCAAUGUAGAUUGAUGCCAAAGAGAUAUUUCCCCUCAGUGGAAAAAAAAUUUAAAAAGACGAAAAAUGUCAGGUGCAAAAAAAAAGAGACGAAGAAGAUAUUUGUUGUGUAUGUGUGUGUCGUGUACCUGCCGUCAAGAAGCUGUCCAUCACCUGUUGUGGGUCUGCAUUAUAACCCUUUCAUUCUUGAUAGUCCUUCUUGGUUUGAUAGGUAACCUGAAAAAAUAAAACAAAGGCAGCUGAGACUGAAGGGGUUAACCUGAACGAUCAGCUCAUCGUUCUUGCAAGGUUCAGACACGAGGGGCAUCUGAUGACUGCGUGUGGGCGGGCGCAGGGAUGUUCACAGCCAACCACACAGAUGUCAACAACAUCUGAACAUCGUGAGCGUGGUUCACUGACAUGCACAGUCAUCCGAGUGCUGCUGUACUGUACUUCAAACCUCUGGCUUCUCAUCUCUUCUGCUCUCGUCAGUUCUCACGAGAUCUCAGAUCCCCGAAGCCGGAUGGAAGGCAUGUUACGAAGACCUCAUGGCUCCCAAAGGACUUUCUGGUGGCCAUCUCCUGGCUUCACCCGAACAGCACCCCUGGGGACAAGGUGUGGAUUUUCCAAGACAAUUAUCUUUGCCGACGCACGAAGUCCAUUCCUCCUUUGUGAUGAUCGUUUUAUUGUAAGUUUGUUUCAGCUGAGUGUUUCCUAUUAUAUUCCUGCUUUUUCUUGUAACGUUAUUUCAUAAAAUGAUAAUUCAUUCCACAGUCGUCCCCCUCCCGGUGUAGGAUGGCAUAGAACAAAGUCGAAUACAAAUAAACACGCCUGCUAGAAUGGCGGCAGAAAUGGC